CAAACAAGAAAACGGAAAAUUGCAACAAAAGAAAAACAUUUUUAAUCGAUAAUCAAAGAAUUUUUCCAUUAAAAGUGCGUUUAAAUGUGAGAAUCGAGUCGCAGCAAGGAGGAAAAAAGCCACAAAGUAUUAAAAUCACCCGAAAAACACGACAAAAAUGACGGUAGCUCGCUUUAAUGCUCGUGGCAGAACGAGACUCUUGCUAUUUUUCGGUGUUACGUUGUGCGGUCUCAUCUUUGUCAUCGUUUUUCACAAUAAUCAACAGGAAAAUGACGAAUUAAGGCAGUUGCAGUUGCGUUGUGAGCAGCAAUUGGGUGCGAUUCAAGCCCAAAAAUCGAGAAUUGACAAGACUCUUGACACGGAGAAGCUGCAAUUGGACGAAGCACGCACCAAACAAGCGGAGCUCAUUGAACAACUGAAGACUAGUGAUCAGAAAUUCACGGCGCUUCAACAAGAGUGUAAAUUUUCACAGACAAAUCACGAAGACAAGCAAAAGGAAUGUGAUAAAACGAGAUUGAAGCAAGCAACGGAGAUUGACGAACUGAAGCAAAAGCUGAAAGAACUGAAAAAGAAGUUUGAUGACGUCACGCGGGAGAAAGAAAAGGAAAUUAGCACGUUAAAGUUCCAACUGGAGAAACAUGAAAAUGUCGAAGGAGUCGACGAAAAUGUCGUCACGGCAUUGCGACAACGCAACAAUCGUCUCGAGCAAGAAUUGUCGCGCGCCAAAGCAAAAUGCGACGGAUUCCAGCAAUUUGAGGCGUCGUCAACGAGCAACGCGGUAAAGUCCAAACCAAUUAGCGUGGUAAAUUUCUCCGAACAAAUCUCUCUCAGUCCUUUCGUCUAUCGAAUUGUAAACAAUUCAAGCACUAACAACUAUCACUCUUCGGCGCUAAAGGCUGCACGUGCCGACAGCAGCAUCAAACGCCAUAACAAUAACAAAUUUCUUCGCGAUACGACACAAGACAACGGCAUAAUAACCUCUGUGGAAAAUUUUCAGAUUGCGCAACAACCGAUUUUGAGUCAAGACGACAACAACAACAACAACGACGACGACGGGAAAGCAGUUGGCGCCGUGCCCGAGUACAAAAACAGCAAUAACAACGACGAGGGAAACGUUCUCGCACAACCGCAAGCCUUGAAAAAGAGCUCGACGACAACGACAACGGAAUCCGCUAAAGCUGCGGUUCGCAGUAGCAGUCAGAAAUCCGCUAGAGAUUCAAAUAAUCUUGGAGCACCGCCCGUUAUGCAAGCGCCAACCGUGAAAGAAAGCAAAUCUUCGACGCCCGUGAAGAAACGCUUACCCGAAGGAGUCGUUCCGGUGCCCGAAACAUCAUGGUUGAACAAAGAAACGCAAGGAGACACAAAAUACCCGAUGGAUGACGUUGCCCCGGAUGCCGACGCGAAAAAUGCUGACACCUUAAACUUCCUCAUCGGCAAUGAACAGGAAAAUUUGGCACAUGAGGUGCCCGAUAACGACUUUAAUAUCGACGAAAAGAAGGUAAACCCGGAAAAUCCGAAUGAGGAAAAGAUUGACAACAAUGCCGAAGAAGACACGAACGUUUAUGGGCCGAAUAAAGACGUCUUCAACACAAAUAACAAAGAUCUCUUACACGGAAAUAGGAGAACAGGCGGAAAUUCCGACACAAAAUUGAGAAAUGAAGUUGCCGGAGAUCAUGGAAAGGAAGGCGAACAUUACCCCGAAGAUGACUUGAGAAUCGAAGGACAGAACGAAGAAGAAGGCGACAUGGGCGACUAUGACGAUCCAAACGUGCUGAAACAAGGACCCGCCGAACGUACAAAGUAAAUAAAAAAUUCUUAUUAAAAAUCUCAUCCUUUGAGUUGACUCAUAAAGUUGAAAUUUUUAACAAGAAUUCGGUUGUAGAUCCUCGAAAAAUACUUAAAAAAAUAACUGUGAACAAAAAAAACUACUGAAAAACCCGCGAGAUGAUAUUGAAUGGAGAUCUAAUGUUAAGUUAACUAUACGGUACGCUAAAAUUCUUGAAAAUAAUACGUACACCUAUAAACUCUAAGUAGAAUAAGAAAAAACUGAUAAUCAAUCAUCCUUUCACAAUCUUGUUAUAAAUAUUUAAAAAUACAACAAAAUUUGCAUUUCGUCAAGCAACACAAAAAAAAACAGCCACAUGACUAAAAUUUAUCAUUUUUUUCGAAAAAAAAGACUUUCUUCGUCGUUAUUUAUGUAUUUUUAAGAGACUCUCUAUUUUUCCUGUUUAACAUAUGCUUAAGUUCUUAGAUGUAAAUUGUGCCAAGUAUUUCAAGAUACUUCAAAAUUUUAGUAUUUCUUUCUUAUAGUUUAUUUUUUAAAUUUGUAAAAAUCAAGCAAAAAAAAUGUAAAUCAAAAUGCUUGCUCGUGAAAAGUUUAGAUUUGGGAUGGAGUCAAUUGGUGUGCAAUAAUGCAAAAAAAAUGGUAGCUUAAUGCUCAAAAUAUAAGUUAAAUAGAGAAAAUUUUCGUAUAAAAUGUAUGAUAAUUUUUGUCUGUUCGUCUUUUUAUGAUACAAAAAUAAAUUAUUU